AUGAGGUGGCUAUCCAUGGCUGUGCUUCUCUUGGGCACUUUUUCUUUCCUGACAGAUGCGUCUUCUGCUUUGGAAAGAGUUGAAGAACAUGUUUUGGCUCCACGCUCUAGGAGGAUGGUGGGAGGAUCACUGACUGCUUCUGUCCCCUGGCAGGCAAUGGUCUACCUCAGUGAAAACAUACUGGAUGGAGGUUUUGCUGGGGGGGCCCUGAUAGCAGAGCGUUGGGUACUGACGGCUGGCCGUAAUCUGUUUGUAGGAAAGAGUAAAAUUCAGACAAGAGGACAAGAACCACUUAUCCCAAAAGUCUAUCUUGGAAUCAGCAAACGUGCUGAUGCUACAGCCUCUACUGAAGUAGCAGUGGAGAAGGUGUUUUUGCAUCCAGGCUUCCAGAACACAUCCGAUUGGGACAAUGACCUUGCUCUGGUCAAACUAAAGGAGCCAGUCAAGUUUAGUGAGACUGUAAUGCCCAUCCCUCUUCCUGAGACUGGAGAUAACCUGGAAGAGAGAGAUGGAGAGAGAGGCAUCAUUGCUGGCUGGGGAUGGGGGAGACUUUUAACCCCAGCUCCAGUGCUGAAGUACCUUUCUUUGCCUGUCAAGUCCUGCAAGGGUAACUACCAGGCAAGGGUUCUUGAAAGUUCACCAAAUAUAGACAACAAACAAUUCUGCACAGGACCCGGCAGGUAUAUGGAAAAUGUGUGCUUUGGUGAUGCAGGAGGAGCAAUUGCAUUUCUGAACACCAAAACAAAUACAGUUUAUGCUGCAGGCAUCCUGUCUUUUGACAAGGCCUGUUCUGUAGAAGAGCAUGCUGUCUACACAAAGAUUUUUGCCUAUCUGCCUUGGAUUCAUAGUGUCAUGAAAGGAGAUUCGCAAGAUUUUGCUGCACAACGUACUUCAGCUAUAAGAAACAUGUUUUCACAACAAUGGUAG